AUGACCGAUAGUUCAUCCCAAGUAUUGGGACGCCCUGGUGAGGACGGCGCGGCAGAACCUCAACCUUCUGCCCAGACGACGCCUGCGAUCCACUCGAGGUAUCCCACGUACGACGCGUUGGUGUACGAUGCCGGUGCACCCACGCCGCACAUGUUCCCCCAAGAGACCACCGCCACCACCACGCUGGAGCAUGGCAAGCCCUCGAUUCCGGCCGUCAGCGGACCACCGCUGUCACCCUGUAGAGCAAUGAUCCUUACUAAAACUAUAAACGCGAAACCUUCUUACGCCUGCUUACGUAGCAUCGUGCUGGACGAGUUCACGGUCCCGGCGUGCCUCCACGACGGUCACCACCUCAACGACAGCACUGCGAUGGUCACCGGCUGGGGCACCACCGUCUUCCGCACGGACAAAGUGUCCGACGUUCUGCAGAAGGUCACACUCCAGAAGUUCACUGACGAGCAGUGCGCGCUUAGCUACGCGCCCAACUCGCCGGGGAUGCGUCAUAUGAAGAAGGGCCUAAACAGCACAACACAAAUGUGCUAUGGAGACUGGCACGUGGCCAAAGACAGCUGCAAUGGAGACAGCGGUGGACCUGUCCAGGUUAAGCACCCCCAUGUCUACUGCAUGUACUCCGUUCUGGGCAUCACUUCCUGGGGCAAGCAAUGCGGCCAGCCCGGGGAACCGGCCAUUUACACCAGGCUGGUCCCCUACGUGCCCUGGAUCGAGAGCAUCGUGUGGCCU